AUGUUGUCUAACAACCUUCCACCACUGCAAGUCGAAUGGAUGCUUUAUGCUAACCAGCAAACAUGUAAUCUUACAAAUGACACGAUGCAGAUAAAUUGUUUACUUGCACCAGAGGUGAAAGGCAGUUUGAGUGUCCAGAUCAGUAUAGUCUAUGCCCUGAACUUAAAACAGAAUGAUCCUACUCGUUUCAAGGCAAGCAAAACAUUACUGAUUGGAAACAAUGUAUCACGUUUUAGCUCGUAUUUGCAAAUUUACACCGUAAGACAUUGGUGGAUCGGUACAUUGACAAAAAUGAUGAGAAGAAAAAAUGGAAGACAUCGAGCCAAUGCACCGUUGAAAAGGAAAGAGGAGGUGGUUAGUUUACCUCCUUCCCUUCCUUCUCCUCACUUAUUAAAUCAACUUUAUUUUGUAAAAGCAUGCCCUCAUUUUUGGAAAAUUGGCAUUAAAACCCUUUUUAAUUUCUACCCUUUUCAAAAGACAUUUUCCCCGUUUGUACAUUUGAAGGGACUCUUAUCAUACCGUGAGGAGGUUUUGGUGGGAGAAUAUUCCAAACACAAUGCUGUUUUGCGGAUAGUCUUUCUGUCUAAAAAAUGUUUCGUUUAUUUUUUAUACCAAUGUGGACCUUCCGUUUUUAUGGAAGAAAAGGCUAUCAAACUCCAAGAUACAAAUGGGUUAGAUCAUUUUGGCAAUUGUCCAUCUAAAGUUCGUUUUCGCAGAAACUCAAACGUCAUUCAAGUAAAAGCGCAUCCAGAAUCGAAGGAGAGAAAACAGAAAACAAUACCUCCUUUCUACUUGAAAAAAGUCCCAUUUGACCCCCGCCUUUUUUCACCCAAAAUAAUUGAACACACAGACGUCGGCUUUGACACCUUUUAA